AUGGCCUCUUCAUGCAGCUCGGAGAAUGAGGGGCUAGCUGAGCUCCUCAAAGAGACGUUGAAGGAGCUACGAAAUAUCUCCUCAGAGCUGGGUGAACAAAGCAAAGCAAUUCAAGCUAUGACCAAGGCGCAGUCUCAACCUCUGUCACUUGCCGCUGAACCGCCGAUAGACAAUAACACGACCAAGAGCAGGCCACCGAUAAGCGCUUCACCACCAGCAGAUCAAUCUGAGCCCCUUGAAUAUACGCAUAGUCCAGAGGAGAGAGACUUUUGGGGUGAUAUUGAUGAAAGGUUUUUCUCGGAGGGGAUCCCUCAAGAUUACCUGGAAUUUAUCAAGAAUGAGUUAUACUACAAUAAUAGUAAGCAAUCGAUUUCGAAAGAUGAGCCACGGGACACUACCACGUCGCAAGCUGGUUCUGUAGCUCCCCGGUCUCCAUCACCAGAUGAAAGUCGGAUCACUGCUUCUUCACCAGUGAAUGAUCCCCUAGAUAUUCCAGUCGCACAAUACAAUAGAAGACCAAGCAAUUCUUCGGAAAUAGACAAAGCUCCGCAAACUGUAGUCACUCAGUCAUUAAAAAUACCAAAUACUUCCUCAACGAUGAGCAAUGGUCAGGAAUUUUCUGGCAUACGAUCCUUGAGAGGGCCAAGCACGUCUCCAGCAGUGUACAAUGCUCCGCCAGCAUCUUCUGCUCAAUCAGUAAGAGAGUCAAGAGUUUCCGCAUCAACUGAACGUUCAAUGAAAAGUCUAAGGAGUCUUGAAUAUAUACAUUGGGAUUGGUUCAAGAAAAUACCCUUUGAUGGUCGGCUUAAACUGGGUUUUGAAUCUUUCCAGAGUUUUCUCUCUACGAAGGAUAGAUUUGAAAAUUGUGACUCUUCGUUCGAGAUCAGGGAUUGGAUUCAUCAAUGGUGCUAUUUUGAUUAUAAUUUAUCUGAAUUCGGAUAUAAUGAUUUCUUUCGCCCAACAGCACCUCCUGUGUUCGCGUUUGCACCUGAUGCUGAUUCCGGAAGAUUGUGUACCUGUAAGGGUAUCUGUGACGACUCCUCCCAUGCAUCCAUAAGUCCCAUCGCAGAAAUUUAUUCACGGAGAAAGAAAGCACAGCUCCGAAGCCAGGCUGGUGAAAGAGCGCAAUGGAGAAGAGUAAUAUUGAUUAAGGACAUGUCGUACAUGUACAAGUCCGUUGAGCAACUACAUACAAUGAUAAAAAUGAAAGAAAUAUUCGGUUUCAGUACUAUAGAUGUUUUCACUGAACACAGGCUGCGGGGCCUGAUCCCGAUGUUCUAUAUGGAUGAAGAAGAAAUGAGAAUACUUCGACUUUCAGAGACUAUGCUACAAAGUGCGUGGCGCUCCCACGGACUGUGCAAGCGCCUUCCCAAGUCAGAUUACAGGAGAGACGGUGCGAACUUUCAAAUUACUUUUUACGAAAUGGUUCCAGAGCAUGAAGUUGGUCGUGGUAUUUGGAAAACAGGGGCGUUUCGCAAUGAUAAUGUUCGAAACUGGGAACGAGUUAUUUACAACGUGGAGAACGAUAAUUUAUUUCUAAGGCGAAGUUGUGUCACGAUUGUUGGAAUAAUCAGAUUUUUUCAAGAGUGGUCUCCCGAGAAUUGGACCAUGUUGUUACUAACGCCUAGCUCAACAAGUAUCGCGGCAGAUAUAUAUGAAGACAGUGGACAAGCUGUUGAUCGCGAGUUCAUUGUAGCCUUUUCGGGCAUUGUAGACCGCAGCACAAGAGUAGUUGUCCGUCAUUGGGAUAUUCUCGCAAAUUAUUUCGAAAAAUUACUUAGCGAGAGUGACACUUUACUAGAGCCUGACUUACACGACCUCUUACUUGUGGAUGAUUCAAAAUAUUCCAAGUCAAAGAAGUACUUCUGGGCUUUGAACAUUUUGAAAGAAAUUGAAUCAGAUGUCGCCGCGGUAAUCUCGCAACUUGAAGGGUUCAUGGACUUUUCGGAUAACUCUCUUCUAAAAAGAUACUUUCGUUUACCAGAAGGAAAAAUGAGUGAAGCACGAGAGAUGAUUGUAAAAAAGAAAUUGGGUGUGCUCAAGGAAGAUCUUGUCAGGCUUCAAAGUCGUUUUAGUGACCAACGAGAGCUUACCAAAGAUCUCCGAGACGGUCUUUUCAACGCUAGUGCAGUCAUGGAAUCAAGAGCUUCGACAAGAUUGGGAGAGAAUGUGAGACUACUCACCUUCGUGAGCAUAUUCUUCUUGCCACUAUCAUUUACCAUGUCUAUCUGGAGCAUCAACGACAGCGCCCUGGCGAACAUCAAUAUCAUGGUUGGUGUCGCAGUUGUCUUAGGCACCAUAACCUACUUUGUAGUAUUCAACGUCAACAACAUCGUCUUCCUUUCAAAUCAAUUUAUCAAAAAACUAAAAGCCGGUACCAUUGAGCACAUGAAGAAAAAUGAUAACACUGUAUGGAAACAAAGAGGCGAAGGGCUAACAGAGCCUGCUCUUGCAAAUGACCAGAAUGCUACUCCUUCAAGUUGGCGUAUUCCUCAGUAUGUGUGGCUGUUGGCUUGGAAUUGGAUUAGUGCAAUUGUGGCUCACAUGUGGGUAUCUAUGAGAAAUUUUUUCGGGCGAUUAGCCAAAAAGAAGGUGGAACAGACGGAGCAGAGUGUUUGA